AUGGCAUUAGAGGGAGAUGUACGAAGAAGGAUGAUGAUGAUGAAUAAUCGUAUGCAUCGGCCAUCGAUGCCAACCAGUCCCUCAUAUUCACCCUUUCAACGACCAACUUACCCAGUAUCAUCAGUCAUACUUAGUCCACGUAUACCGUCGGAUGUGCGUUCACCAAAAUCGCUUUCGGAUGGAAGUAUAACUAAUUCAUCCAGCUCCUGUGCCAGCUCUUUACAACACCAUUUUCAUGGUGGCCCGGUGCAGAAGUUUGGUAAUAAAAGCGAAAAUGGUAACGGUAAUAGUUGCACAAUACUAACGCCACGUGACCAGCUUUGCAAAACAUUUUCUUCGUGGUCGCCCACAUCUUUAAUUAGUAACAGUGGUAAUUCAUUUGAAAAUUUUGGUAUACCAACUUUUGAAGAUGAAAAUAUAACUGCACUGCUUUGUCGCAUUUUGCCUAAAGGGUUAAAUUGUUUCUCCUAA